AUGGGCGAGAUCAGUACAAAUCUGCUCCUGCAUAGGAUAGCUGAACAAGCCCGCGAACAGAGAAUGAUAGGCGACGCAGCACUGGAGAACAAAUUUCGAAAGCUGCCCAAUCCAAAGUCGCCCACAAACAACAAAAUGGUGCACUACCUUUCGUCAAGGGAGCUGACGAAGGAUCAGAUGCUGGUUUUACGCCACGAAGAUUGUCACACGGAGGCAGCUGAGGAGACCGAGAGCCUCAUCCGACACCAAGUGUCGCCUCUCCUAAUGGCCCACAGGUCGCGGGAAGUGCUUUCCAAGGUCGAACGUGAUGCGCUUAGAGAUCUCAAGGCCGAAAAAGACCUGGUCAUCGUGCUAGUGGACAAGGGGCGCUCCACGGUUGUACUGGACAGGACCGACUACCUUCAAAAAGCCGGAGGUUUACUGGAGGAUUGA